AUGUCAAAUUAUAAGCAAGCAAUUUUGAACCCAGAGAUGGAUUAGCUAAAUUAAAGAAAACAAAGAUUGAUGAUUGAUAAGAUAACUCUGGAAAAUUUCAAAUCUUAUUAUGGAAAAUUAGAGAUCGGACCACUGCAUAAAUGCUUUACUGCUGUUGUUGGUCCUAAUGGAUCAGGAAAGUCAAAUUUAAUUGAAUCCCUCCUUUUUGUUUUUGGGAAAAAAGCUAAACAAAUGAGACUUGAGAGAUUACAAUAACUUAUUCACAACAGUGGUAAGCACUAGAACUUAGCUAGCGCUUCAGUAAAAAUAAGAUUUCAUGAUAUCUAGGAUGAUUUUACUUAGAAAAAUUCUUACAAAGUUGUACCUGGAUCAAAUUUUGAAGUAUCUCGGACAGUCUACAAGAAUGGUAGUUCUAAAUAUUUCAUCAACGGAAAUGAUUGCGGAUACGAAUAGAUGACAGAGCUCCUUAAAUCAAAAGGAAUAGAUCUCAAUCAUAAUAGGUUCCUAAUCUUGCAAGGAGAAGUUGAAUAGAUAUCACUGAUGCCUCCAAAAGCUUAAAAACAAGAUGAGGUUGGCUUGCUUGAAUACUUAGAAGAUAUAAUAGGGACUAUAAAGUACAACCAAGAUAUUACUGACUUAGAGAAAUUACAAGAGGAUGGAUAAGAAAGAAAGCAAAGCAAAAUGCUAGAUUUAUACAGUACUAAUGAUGCUCUUGGGAAGCUAGAAAAAGAAAAAGAUGCUGCUAUCAAUUUACUAAACAAGGAAAGGGUGUUGUAUUUGCUUAAAAAUAUCAAUAUACAGCUAUAGAUUAGAGAGACAUCUAAAGAAAUGCAAAAAUCUGGAGACCAAAUAGAGAAACUUAAGAUUAAAGAUCAAUAACUUACCGAAUAUGAUGAAAGAAUAAGAUUUGAAAUGAGAUAAAUUGCUUAAAAAAUGAAAAGAUAGAAGCUAUAAUUCCAAAAUAAAAGUUAGAAAGAGAAAGUUUAAUAGCAAUAAGAGAAACAAUGGAAGUUGAAAUUGAUAUCCUUGAGGUAUAACUAAAUGAAUAAACCUUAAGACUUAGGAGGGAAAAAGAAGAUAUACUUUAAACUCUAAGGCCUUUAUAAAAAUAGAGACAAGAGAAGUAAACUAUCCUCAGAGAUAAACAGGCUGAUAUAUAAAUUAUUCAGAAUAGUCAUUAAAAUCUCGAAUCUGAAUAUUAAAGAACAUCAGCUAAAGUUACCUUAAUUUGACUUCAAUAACCUUGAGAGACAAUUAAAGUAGAAAUAAGAAGAGCUAGAUAUGAUUAGAUAACGUAUCAAUAAUUUAAAGACAAAAAAUAAAGUUCUAUUUGAGCUGUUUGAAGCUUAAAACAGAGGCUAACUCAGAGGAAUCUUGGGAAGACUAGGGGACUUAGGAUCAAUAGAUCAGAUAAAAGCAUUUUACCUAGCAUUGGGAAAUUGCUUAGUUGCAUAAAACUUGGAAGAUGCUAUAGAAGUUGGAUAUUAUUAAAAGGAAAGACAUUAAGUAGUAACACUAAAAGGAGCUCUAAUUUAAACAUCAGGUACUAUGAGUGGUGGAGGUAAACCAAAAUAAGGCGGAAUGUCCUCAGAUGGUUCUUAAAGAUGUCAAUAUACUGAAGAAAAUUCAAUUUAACUAUAGAAUGAAAUUGAAUAACUUGUGAGUUAAAUUAGAGAGGCAAAGGAAUUAAAACCUCAACUUUAAAGACAGUUUAGCAGCAUUUAAAGAGAAAAAUAGUAAUCUGAGCUUCAAAUUCAAUCAAACAGGAUAAACUUGGAAUAAUUAAACUAGCAUUUGUAUGAUUAGGAAAGAAGACUUUAGCAAAUUACUAGUUAAAGUGAAGCAGUUUUGGAAGAUUUCCUGAAAAUCUAGGAAAUCUAGAAUUAAAUUCAAAAUAUUAAUGAUGAGUUAGAUCAAAGAGAGCCCUAGAUAGAAUAAUUCCAAACAAAGAUAAAUCUGAUUGAUGAAAAGAUACAUGAUUUAAUGUCUCCUUAACACAAUAAAAGCAACAAGAAUAAGAUUGAAAGUUAAGAUCAAAUUUUGAACAAAAUAGACAAGAGUAAAUCAGAUGAAGUUACAGUCUUGAAAGAUCUAGAAUAAAAAAUGCAAGAAAUAAGGGGGUAAUGA